UUUGGAGAGCACUAUGGUCCUCUUUUGAUAUGACCUUGUUCUGAAUAUGUGCAAAUGAGGGAUAUGGCUAUAGAAUGUUCACUCACAUUUGCAAAAAACGUGGGGAGGGAUUUGCCUCAGUCUCAACCAGUUUUUAUUUUGGAAGUAGAGGAUUUUAGCUGCUCUAGCCUGCAGGGAGGAUGUCUAGCUCUUCUGGUGGUCACACAUAAUGGCAGGGGUGAGUCCAUGCCCCAUGCUCCUGGUAGAGCCCACUAGAGCCCUCAUUGAUGAGAAACUACAGAUUGUGGUGAAGAAUGUUUUUCCCCCCAAAAUAAGAUGACCCUUCGUUCCUUUCAGCGCUCUGAUGGGAUGCGUUCGGCCAUUAUGCCAGUGAUGAAACGGGGAUGGUCAAAGGCAAGAACAACUAUGUUUUUGGGCUUGGGUUCCUACUUGUUGUUUUGCCAGAUGUUACUAUUUAUGGUUGUUAUACUUCAUGCAAAAAUAUUUUUUUACAGUACAGUAUUUUGACUUGUUUAUCAACUGUACAAAUUGCUAUAGUAAAGCAACUGAGCUGUGUUAUUGUACUGUAUCGUGUGUGAAGUUGCCGAGGACAUCCGUUUCAGCGGUUCUUAUGUGGGCUUAGAGUCCAUGGGUUUACUGUGGAUCAUAAGGCCAGUGUCUGGCAGUGAAACAGGACUCCGGUACACACACACACACACACACACACACACACACACACACACACACACACACACACACACCAAAUUACAUAAGAUAUGCCUCUGCUCCAGUAUGAAUUCUGAAUUAUUUUCACUUAGCUCUCCCUACAUAGUUGACUGUUUCUUUUCUCUCUGUAACACUGUAAACAAUUAUUUUACAGGUGCUCUGUAAACACAACCCUAUUUUCCAACAUAUGUUUUGAUAAUUCAGCCCAGAUGUAUGGUGUGUUUUCCCUUUCAGAUUGUCCCUUGUGUCAAUAGCUGACAAGUACAACACGUGAGUGUGUUUUAACCUAUUCUAAAGCAAUGGUAAAUGACCAAAUUUGGAAUGCACUGAAAUUAUAGUUGUAUUUUGCUCAAAUCUCUAGAAAUAUGCACAAGAUGCACUUUGAUGAGAACAACCAUUUGAUCUGGAGAGACAUGAUCCAGCCCAUCACUGAGAGUGGCCCUAAAGUAGAGGUGAUGGUAUCUUUCAGACUGCAUUGUAUGCCCACUAUACUGUAUGUAUUUGUACAGUGAGGAACUGACAUGUGUUUGGACCUCUUUUUUCAGCCCCUAGGUCAGGAGGUUAAAGUGUCCAUUACUGAUGGUCAUUGGAGAAGCUGACCAGAACUGUGCCACUGCAGGAUAUGCGCAGUACAGUAUGUUGGAGAGGGCAGGGAACGGUCACCUGCGGACAACUGUGUCCUACCCUGGGGCUGGUCACCUGAUCAAACCUUUCUACUCCCCUCACUUCCGCUCCAGCACCUUCCUUAGGCUUUACACCAAGAACAGGGUCAAAGUGAUCAUGUUGUGGGGAGGGAAGUCCAAAUGGAGGAGGAUCCUGGAGUUCCUUCAGAAGAACCUGUACCAAAGACAGGACCCCUCUGUCCCCUCAGAGCUGUGAGAUCUUCCUGGACUAUCUCCAUUAUAGUUGUCGCUUCUCUAGCUUCAUUAUCUGUCAGGGCCCUAUUCUUGAAAUUAAAGAGAGACAAUAUUGGUUGGAUUUGUUUUUAUUCACCA